AGUGACGGGGGGAACAUCAAUCACUAAGGUCGAAUUGGCUCGCUCUCCAUUCGCCCAUUUCAUUUGUCGUCAGAUCCAACCAUCAUCAGAAUCUCUCCUUCAGCCCACGAUGCUUGCCACGAGGUACGGCGCACACUCACACAGCUGCUAUUAUCUCAAUUGGCGCAACCAAUUGCUGAGAAUGGACUCGGUUUGCUAAUAUAUUCGCCAUGUAGAGUGCUACGAGCCGCCGCGGGCGGUCCCAAGCCCAACAUCACCGGCUUCAACAUGCGGGCGUUCCAAGCAUCAACCGGCCAGCCUCGAUACGAUCCCUGGGAGCGAAACGAGGCCUGGCGAUACCAGGGUCCCUAUAGCCGCUGGAACCGUCUCAAGGGCGGUUUCCCCGGUCUCGGUAUCGCGACAGUCGCUUUCACCGCUUACUGCGGAUACGAAUACUUCUUCCUCGAGGACGAGCACCACCACGGAGAGGCGCAUGGAGAAGAGCACCACUAGAGUGCAUGGAUACGACGAUUGAGGGAGCGGUUUCAGUUGGAAUGCAACUAUCCGGAGGUGAGAAGUUUUGUACAUAUACCUCCCGCGGCGAGGACGGUGUUUGAUCAGAUUAUGGAACCAUCAAUCAAAAGAAUAUCAAAACAAGAAGCGGAAGGACUGGCCUUUAUGACUUUAUCAUGAUCUUGCUGUGGUAUUGGAAUCAACUGGAAAGCCAAUACAUCAAAGGCAUCAAGAACCUUUUCACCGGAUAGGCAACAUGCCUUGUUGGUGACACAUGUUUGCCAGGGCUUUCUUUUCUUUUGCCAAACUGCAAUGAUUGUCAGUGCAAAUGGUAUGAAGACCACUAGUGUAUAUGCUCACCCUCCCAAUUAUUGGGUCGAUUGCUUGGUCGAUUGCUCAGUCACUUGCAAAGCUUAGGUGUGCUUUGUGUCACAAUGAACGAAGCAGAAUGAACUUGAGAAGAUAUGAACAUCUCG